GCUGCAGCGCUUCCUGCUUCACAGCCGCUCCCGGCCCCAGCAGAACGUGUCGGAGCCAGAGCCAGCGGAACCAGGGGGACCAGGGAACCAGCCGAGGGUCGCGGGUCGCGGCAGCAGCAGCAGCAGCAGCAGCAGCCAGGAGGAGGCCCGGGAGUCCCGGGAGAAGCCUCCGGCAUCCGGGCAGAUGGCGAAGACGUACGACUACCUGUUCAAGCUGCUGCUGAUCGGGGACAGCGGCGUGGGCAAGACCUGCCUGCUGUUCCGCUUCAGCGAGGACGCCUUCAACACCACCUUCAUCUCCACCAUCGGAAUCGACUUCAAGAUCCGGACGGUGGAUCUGGACGGCAAGAAGAUCAAACUUCAGAUCUGGGACACAGCGGGUCAGGAGCGCUUCAGGACCAUCACCACGGCCUAUUACAGAGGAGCCAUGGGCAUCAUGCUGGUGUACGACAUCACCAACGAGAAGUCCUUUGACAACAUCAGGAACUGGAUACGCAACAUAGAGGAGCACGCGUCGUCGGACGUGGAGAGGAUGGUCCUGGGAAACAAGUGCGACAUGAACGACAAGAGACAAGUGUCCAAGGAGAGAGGAGAGAAGCUCGCCAUCGACUAUGGGAUCAAGUUCCUGGAAACCAGCGCUAAGUCCAGCAUCAACGUGGAGGAGGCCUUCCUCACGCUCGCCAGGGACAUCAUGAGCCGACUAAACAGGAAGAUGCACAACGACAACAACCCGGCCGGGGCAGGCGGGCCCGUCAAGAUCACGGAGUCCCGCUCCAAGAAGAGCCUGUUCCGGUGCUCGCUGCUGUAGCGGAGCCUCCUCACAGCCAAUCACCUGCCCCGACUCCUCCUCCUCUUAUUCCUCUUCUUCUUCUGGUGGAAAUGUGGCUGCUGUUGGCUCGGCUGGGCGGCGCUGAUCCUGGAGGUGGUGGUGAUGAUGAGGAGGAGGAGGAGGAGGAGCCCCACCGGCUCACGGGUCAGUAACAAACUCCUGAAACUUCUGGGAUCCAACAUGAAGGAAACACUGAUUUAGAGGCUUUGAGCUGCACACAGAUGCUGGAUCAGAACUGGACCAGAACCGCCGGACUCUCUGCAGCAGCUUCGUCGCAGGACGGCCCAACCAGCUCCUGCACCGUUUGGUUCCCGGCAGACAUUUACCUUCACAACGGUUCUGACACAGAGCGUGUUACAGAACCAAACUGUGUUGGACCUUCUUUGCAGCAGCCUGUGAGUUUUCAGAGAAUAAUUAUGAACAUGAAGAAACAACCCAAAUGAGAGUGAAGGGACUCCUCCUCGGCGAGCCUUCAUUUAUUUCCCGUCGGGGGACCAAGAACCCGGUCUGCCUGAGUCGUUUUCAUUUGGAUCUAGAUCCAUUUUUCUGUUGGAGACCUGUAACACAUUCCUGCACGGUGACGGGGGUUUGAUCCCAGACUCCUCCGAGCCCAGAGAUGUGGCCUCUGGACAGGUUGUGUUAGCGCACUGACCCGUGCUGCCAGGAACUGCUGCUUCCCUCCCCGGGUAACCCAGAACUGGGGGAAACGAGGGUGGGAGCAGGUCUGGUGUCAGUCCAUCGAUUAUCUCUACCCACUUAUCCCAUCUGCCUCACACUUCACCCCAGAACCCUUCCAGAACCACAGCCAUCUCUUGGUACAGUUAACAACACAAGACAUGUUACCUUUAAACUGUGAACACUUUGCUAAAGUAAAGGUGGCGGACGGAGCUGUUGAGCUGUAAACCAACCCCCAAUAGAGGGUUUGUAUUGCAGUCACUUCCCCACUGGACCAGCCCCCUUACUCACACUGAGUGGCAAAAACAGCUGCAAGUAGUGGAGAAGACGGGAUAACAGCUGAUUAUCAGCUUAAAUUAGUGUCAGUUGGACUUGACAGUGACCCGUACAGUUACCCCAAGAACCAGUGGUCCAUGGACAUUAAUAUUUGGUACAGUUACCCCAAGAACCAGUGGUCCAUGGACAUUAAUAUUUGGUACAGUUACCCCAAGAACCAGUGGUCCAUGGACAUUAAUAUUUGGUACAGUUACCAAGAACCAGUGGUCCAUGGACAUUAAUAUUUGGUACAGUUACCAAGAACCAGUGGUCCAUGGACAUUAAUAUUUGGUACAGUUACCAAGAACCAGUGGUCCAUGGACAUUAAUAUUUGGUACAGUUACCCCAAGAACCAGUGGUCCAUGGACAUUAAUAUUUGUCCACAAAUCCAGUUUCUUGAUAUUUAUAUGUACUUAAUUUCUACGCCGGGGAAAUGCACGAAGCAAAGCUUGAAGGCUUACAAAAGUCUUGACGCUUGGUCCGACUUCAAGGCAGGAUUUGUUGUAGAAAUUAAAGUGAUGAGGACACUGAACUUUAUGAUUUGACCGUUUAACGUUAGCUACCCAAAAAUCCAACAUUACCUGAUACAAAAUGGGAACCACAAAUCCACGUUUCGGUGUCUGGAAUCCAGUUGUUUCUGUGAAUUACAGCGAUCCAUUUGUCUCUCUUAAGAUUAUUUUUCAGCAGUCUGUAAAACGAUAACUCCCAUUUCUUGAGUACAGUCGAUCGCACAACAGCUCUUUCCCAUUUUAGAUGUUUUCCAGUUGCUCAAACUGAAAGUUUACGCUGACACUCAGUCUUUCUGCCACUCAGUCUUUCUGCCACUCAGUCUUUCUGACACUCAGUCUUUCUGACACUCAGUCAUUAGAGUCUUUACAAGGGAGAUGAAGUGUCGUCUUCGGGGUUGGACGGAUGUCACGCCUCCUGUGCUCUGAAAUUCCUUAAUCUUUUUGGAACAUUUUUCAGCAUUUUCCUCCUCAAGCACUUAACUGUUUUUGUUCCUAAUCGUCAUUUUGAUCCCGUCUCUGUUCCUGCGAGCACUAAACUGUCCAGACGUCUUCUGGAAUGUGUUGCAGGUCUCAAAUGAAGUUUUUUAAAUUCAUGUUCUCUGAGAAAAUGUAAAAGUCAUAUAUCGUCCCAAUUAGUUCUGAUCUGUGGUUGUAUGAAAAUAUGAAAUCAAUAAUUUGCACGUUUUGAGGUCAAGAUUCAGCAUUCCUCCUGAUGAGUCUGAAAGCACCAUCAGUGAACGGAAGCAGAGUUUAUUAGUGUUUUAUUUAACCGGUUCUCACCUGAAGUCUUAUCGUCUGAAGUCCUGACCUUCAUCGCCUCAGUUUAUCUGGGCUAACGUUGUCAUGUUAAAUGCAGUUUUCUUGUCAGGGAUUUGAACCUUUGCCAACUCAAAUGAGUUUGUCCUCUUGUUGCCACUGCGAGGCGUUAGGGUUGGAGAUGUUGGGCUCCUGAGCAGGUUCCCGGCAGGGAGGGGUUCAUUUUCAAAAGUAAAACAUGUGGAAUCCCCAUUGCAGCGGUUCCUGCCCUCUGCAGCACAGCAGAGAGGGACGGGGCAGCAGCGGCGCCAGCAGUGCCGGCAGCGCCUACUUUCUCCUGAUUUCUGCUUUCAGACCUGAUGCAGCGCAUGAGCGUGCACGUGUUCAGAGGUCUUCGUGUCUUCAGUCAGAAAACGAUCGAUGAGGUCGGACUUUGAUCAAUAAUCAGUUACAACACUGCUCUUGUUUUGAAACUUCCAGAGGAAGUCCUUUUGUGUGUUACAGGCCCCCAGGCGGGGGUCCAGAGAUCACUCUAACAUCUAGAAAUGUCCCGUGAUGACGUCACAAACCAAAGAGCUGAAACGCUGGCCUUGGAGCUCAGAUAUACUUGCAGUUGGUGCUUGCGUUCGCGUCCAUUGGCGUCCGUUCGCGUGCACCACCAACUGCAACGUCGCUUGCGUAGCACGGGGCGUUUGUUGUGCAGGGCGGCGCCAGCUGGUCUGAGGUCAGCUGACCCUGAACGCUCUCACGUGCACGUCUUAACUUGCUAUGCAACUGACUUGAGUUUAUCCUUAGUGAGUUUCACAGAUAAUCAAAUGUAUUGAUCUGCUGAUCGGGACGAUCACCCGGAUCUUUUCUUGUUGCUUUUUUAAUUACUUGUUUUUUUUAUUUCAAAAUAAAAGCCUUUCCUCAUUAACUGUCAGAUACAAACUUAAAAAUAAACUUGUUUUAUAUUUGUUUA